CAGGUCUAGUCAGUGGGUAGUGUGACGAUGAAUGCGUUAGUAAGAUUGUGUGUGAUGCUCGCGUUGUGCCGCGGCGCCCUGGCGCGGCCGGAGAACCGGACCGACACAACCACCACCCACUCCGGUCCGCCGGAAGUAACUGAAAACCCUAUCCCCAAACGCCCGAAGAACGACACGGCGACGGCGGUGCACCGGCGGAUCCCGUCGGCCGUGCUGUUCGGCGGCACGUGCGGCGGCACCGUCAUCAGCGAGCGCUGGGUGCUCACCGCGGCGCACUGGUCAGUCUUUAAUGAAACAUUAUAG